AUGGCGUCCGAACUAAGUGAUGUCAAUUUGGAGAAGAUUGAGUUCCUCAAACGCCUUUUUUCCUCCGACUACGCAGUUAUCUUUCUCGUCAGGGUCCGUGAUCUAGAAUGUGUUAUGAAAGUACAUCGGGGGAGAGGACCCCGACAAUAUUACGAACGGGAAGGGGAAUUAGAUAUACAUAUCCAUGAAACGAAGGCCUACGCUCGACUGAAAGAACGGGGUAUAUGCGAUCGUGGCAUUGUACCUCAAUAUCUCGGGUCAAUUAGCAAAUUUGACCCCUCGAAAUGCCAACCACACCUAUCUAUGUUUCAAGAGGACGAGUACCUACCCAGCGCCCUUUUCCUAGAAUACAUUCCUGGUCUAGAAAUGAUCAGUUUAACAAAUUAUACCCCGCAACGGGUUGAGAAUCUCGUAUCCGGUAUGAGAGAAAUACAUAAGGCACUCGUCUGCCAUAAUGACCCGCAGGCGCGCAACAUGAUGAUCGUGAAAGAUUCUCCCGACCGAGUCGUAUGGCUCGAUUUUGAUCGGGCGAGGACUUUUGAUGAAGACCACAUCACCGAACAAGAAGAAGAAGAAUAUCUCCGGGCCGAAGACCGGAUUCUCGAGGAGUUCAGGGUUGGCAUGGAAGCCGAUUACCAGAAUGGAGAGAUCAAUAAGACCUUUCUCUUUUUUUACGCCUAG